CCCACUGAAGUAAAGUAUAAAAGAUAGGACUCCUCAUUGACCAUCACACAAUCUACACUGAAGUUCUGAAAGUGAAGAUUUGACAAAAAGAUUCAUCAUGACAGUCAUGAGAGCUCUUGUGCUUCUUUUCUUGGUCUUUUCUGUUGAGAAUGCAGCAGCUCAUGAGAAAUGCCCACAUGGAUGGACACCUUUUGGUGUGCAAUGCUACAACUUCUUCUCUCAGUCAGUUAACUGGAUCACAGCUGAGAAAAACUGUCAAUCCGUUGAUGCAAAUCUUGCAUCUGUGCGCAGUUCAGUGGAAAACAGCUUUCUCCUGAGUCUUGUGCCUAGUGACAAACGUGCUUGGAUUGGUGGCCAUGAUGGCGAAAUUGAAGGACAAUGGCUCUGGGCUGAUGGAUCUCCAUAUGUCUUUACCAACUGGUGCUCUUCACAACCUGACAAUGCUGCUGGUAAUGAGAACUGCAUGGAGAUAAAUGAAAGCACUAAACGUUGCUGGAAUGAUGCGACCUGUACACUCACAAUGGGCUACAUUUGUGUCAAACCUCUGAGAUCAUAAAAAAUCAAUCUGUUUCAAAAGUACUAUGAUUGUACUACAUGCCUAUAUAUUUUUUCUGAUCUUAUCUUUAAAAUCUUUCAAAUAUCUCUGAAAUUAUCUUUAUAAAUUACUGAAUCUUUCUGAAAACUUCUUAAAUCAAUAAAAGCUUUUAUAAAGCAAA